AUGUCUUUGGAGAAGUUUGGGUACGAGGAGGCGAAGAUCAAGGAGAUUACCAAGAAUCAGAAGAUUCUGAGUGAGUUGGAGAAGCUUUUGGGCGAGGUCCAGGUCGGGGAGUUGGACAAGACGCAGAGGGCUAUAUUGCACCAGUUUGCGACGCUACUGGCCAAGCGGAAGGAUGCCGGUGAGGUGAGCACUGCUCUGGUUGUGGAGAAUGUUGUGAACGGUGGUAUCAAGACCAACUUGCAGAUAGACGCUGCGUUCAAGUAUGUGGUGGCACACCCGGAUGUGGACCAGGAGACGCUGGCCGCCGAGGCUGGUAUUGGUGUGCAUGUCGGCGAGGAGGAUGUCAGACGCAAAGUUGUGGAGUAUAUCGAGAGCAACAAGAGCAAGAUUGAAGAGCAGAGAUACAAGCUUGUGCCAGGGAUCAUGGCGGAUGUCAAGAAGAUGCCAGAGUUGAAGUGGGCUGAACCACGUUUGUUCAAGCCUAUCAUUGAUGAAGAGAUCCUGAAGGCCAUUGGUCCUAAGGACGAGAGAGAUGUGGUCAAGAAGCAGCCUAAGGCAAAGAAGAAUGCCAAGAAGGAUGACAGUGGCGACAAGAGCUCUGAUUCAAAGGGUGAGAAGAGAACCAUGUUCACUGAAGGUUUCCUAGGUGACCUGCACAAAGUCGGUGAGAACCCACAAGCUUACCCUGAGUUGAUGGCAGAACACUUGAAAGCCACUGGUGGCAAAGUCCACACCAGAUUCCCACCUGAGCCAAAUGGUUACUUACAUAUCGGUCAUUCCAAGGCUAUCAUGGUCAACUUCGGUUACGCCAAGUACCACGACGGUGUGUGCUACUUGAGAUUUGACGAUACCAAUCCAGAAGCUGAAGCCCCAGAGUACUUUGAGUCCAUUAAGAGAAUGGUUUCGUGGCUGGGCUUUAAGCCAUGGAAGGUUACGUACUCCAGUGAUUACUUCGAUAAGCUGUACGAAUUGGCUGAGGUUUUAAUAAAGAAUGGCAAGGGUUACGUUUGUCACUGUACUGCUGAAGAAAUCAAGCGUGGUCGUGGUAUCAAAGAGGAUGGUACUCCAGGUGGUGAAAGACAUGCCUGCAAACACAGAGAUCAGAGUGUAGAAAAGAACUUGGAAGAAUUCAGAGCUAUGAGAGAUGGUAAGUACAAGCCAGGUGAAGCUAUUCUGAGAAUGAAGCAAAACCUAGAAUCUCCAUCUCCACAGAUGUGGGAUUUGAUUGCCUACAGAGUGCUAAACGCUCCACAUCCAAGAACUGGUACCAAAUGGAAGAUUUACCCAACAUACGAUUUCACACACUGUUUGGUUGAUUCUUUCGAAAACAUCACACACUCUCUAUGUACUACUGAAUUUUACUUAUCGAGGGAGAGUUAUGAAUGGCUAUGUGACCAGGUUCACGUCUUUAGACCAGCACAGAGAGAGUAUGGUCGUCUAAACAUCACCGGUACGGUUUUAUCCAAGCGUAAGAUUGCUAAGCUUGUUGAUGAACAUUUCGUUAGAGGUUGGGAUGACCCAAGAUUAUUUACUUUGGAAGCCAUUCGUAGACGUGGUGUUCCACCAGGUGCAAUCUUAUCUUUCAUCAAUACACUUGGUGUCACAACAAGCACAACCAAUAUUCAAGUUGUUAGAUUUGAGAGCGCAAUCAGAAAGUACUUGGAAGAUUCUACUCCAAGAUUGAUGAUGAUUCUUGAUCCAAUUGAGGUCGUUGUUGAAAACCUACCAGAGGACUAUGAAGAACUUGUUACUAUUCCAUACAGAGCUGGUACCAAAGAAUUCGGUGACAGAAAUGUCCCAUUCACUAAUAAGUUUUACAUUGAAAGGGCAGAUUUCUCCGAAAAUACAGAAGACAAGGAAUUCUUCAGACUUACUCCAAACCAACCGGUUGGUUUGAUUAAAGUUCCAUACACUGUUUCUUUCAAGAGUGUUGAGAAGGAUGCUGAUGGUAAGAUCACUAGAAUUCAUGUUAAGUACGAUAAUGAAGACAAGCCAGUGAAGCCAAGAACUUACAUCCAAUGGGUUCCUAUCUCCAAGAAGUACAACUCCCCAGUACGUGUUUCUGAAACCAGAGUUUAUAACCAACUCUUCAAGUCUGAAAAUCCAUCCGCUCAUCCAGAUGGUUAUUUGAAAGACAUCAACCCUGAAAGUGAGGUCAUUUAUGAUAAGUCUGUCAUUGAACAUAAUUUCGACCACGUUAUCAAGAACUCCCCAUGGGUUGUUGAUUCCGUUAAGAAUUCUGAAUUUUAUGUUAAAGAAGAUAAGUCCGGAAAGGAAAUUUGUAGAUUCCAGGCUAUGAGAGUUGGUUACUUCACUCUUGACAAGGAGAGCACUGAUGAUAAGAUCAUUCUAAAUAGAAUUGUCUCCCUAAAAGACAACACUAAAUAA